GCAUCGGCGCGCUUUGGGCUCCCCAGGUGGGCAGUGGCGGUGAGGCACGUACUGCGCAGGCGUCGUCAGGCAGACGGAUCGCGUCGAGGGACAGAUCGUGCCGACACGCUCCGCUUCCUGCGAGGGAAAGUCCAGGCUUGAGACAAAAGGGGGGAGGCGAGUGGGGAACAUCCGGGUCAUUCGCCGCCGCCUCAAUCCGGGACACGCGCGACUGCUGAGGAGGCCGCCGCCGCCGCCACCACCGCUGCUACACGCCAUUUGUCUUGCAGAAGGACACCCUGAGGAUGUCUGGGAUUGCGCUCAGCAGACUUGCACAGGAGAGAAAAGCCUGGAGAAAGGACCACCCCUUUGGCUUUGUAGCAGUACCAACAAAAAAUCCAGAUGGCACAAUGAACCUCAUGAAUUGGGAAUGUGCUAUUCCAGGGAAGAAAGGGACACCAUGGGAAGGAGGCUUAUUUAAAUUACGGAUGCUUUUCAAGGAUGAUUAUCCCUCCUCACCUCCAAAAUGCAAAUUUGAGCCACCCUUAUUCCAUCCAAAUGUGUACCCUUCAGGCACAGUGUGUCUGUCUAUCCUAGAAGAGGAUAAGGACUGGAGGCCUGCAAUCACAAUUAAACAGAUCUUGUUAGGAAUUCAAGAACUCCUAAAUGAACCAAAUAUUCAAGACCCAGCUCAAGCAGAGGCUUACACAAUCUACUGCCAAAACAGAGUGGAAUAUGAAAAGAGGGUUCGAGCACAAGCCAAGAAGUUUGCACCAUCAUAAGCUCCUAUCGUCCAGUAUCUUUAAAGGAAGGGAUUAAUUGGCAAGAACUUGUUUACAAAACUUUUGCAAAUCUAAUGUCGCUAUGUACAAUUAAUAGUCACUUAGGGGAGGGGGUUGUAUGUGUGCCAUUUUCCAUAUUCGCCACUUGUAUACAGUUCUAAAUUUGCUGAAUUGCCCCCAGUUUUUUCAUACAGGGUCUCUUCCUUCAGUCUUUUGUAUUUUUGAUUGUUAUGUAAAACUUGCUUUUAUUUUAAUAUUGAUGUCAGUAUUUCAACUGCUGUAAAACUAUAAACUUUUAUACUUCUAUAAAUUCACUAGUAUCUCUAGUUUCUUUGCUCCCUGAUGCAGGCAUGCAUUAAGCUGUUUAGAAGUAUAUUUUGCCUCUACUUGGCUGUAAGAAAGAAAACAUGCCCUCUACCCUUUUCUUUUCUACCAAUAAGGAAUUAGGUUGUUGCUUAAAAGCCUCAGAUCCAAAGUCAGCCAGCAUAUCUUGAUUCUGCGUCACUUCCUUUGUGUUUAUGGCGUUUUGUCUGUGUUGCUGUUUAGAGUAAAUAAACUGUUUCUAUAAA